GAGACGGGGAAAAAUCAAAAGAGGGAAAGCACAUUAGACCAUGCGAGCUAAAUUUGCGAUCGUUCAAAAUCAGGAUGUUAGAUUAAUGCAGAAGACCACUUCGAUCCACAGGGAAAGUUUUCAUCUCACGAGUUUGGAGCAGAGGGCCCGUGGGGCAACAUGGCCGAAGCAGGGGCGAGUAAAGGUGGAGACGAACCCGGGAAGUUGCCGGAGCAGGAAGAAGAAGAGGAAUCCCAGGUUUUGCACGGAACCGGCCAUUGCAAAUGGUUCAAUGUGAGAAUGGGAUUCGGGUUCAUCUCCAUGAGCAACCGAGAGGGAAGCCCCUUGGAGUCUCCAGUUGAUGUCUUUGUACACCAAAGCAAGCUUUACAUGGAAGGAUUUAGAAGCCUAAAAGAAGGAGAACCUGUGGAAUUUACUUUUAAGAAAUCUUCCAAAGGCCUUGAAUCAAUACGGGUAACAGGCCCUGGUGGGAGCCCCUGUUUAGGAAGUGAAAGACGACCCAAAGGGAAGACAGUACAAAAAAGAAAACCAAAGGGAGAUAGAUGCUACAACUGUGGUGGCCUCGACCACCACGCUAAGGAAUGUAGUCUACCUCCGCAGCCAAAGAAGUGCCAUUACUGUCAGAGCAUCAUGCACAUGGUGGCUAACUGCCCCCAUAAAACUGUCUCGCAGCAGCCCACUAGUUCUCAGGGAAGACACGAAGCCGAACCACAGCCUUCCACUUCUGCCUUCCUGAGAGAAGGGGGAGGAACGCACGGCUUCUCGUCUCCACCGUACUCUCAGGAAGGCAGGUCGGAGAUCUCGGAGCGCUCGGGAAGGUCACCACAGGAAGCUUCGUCGAGUAAGUUGUCUGCGUCGCCUGAAGAACCGAACAGAAAGGGGCCUUCUGUUCAGAAAAGGAAAAAAACUUAAUGCAUUUGUCAUAAUGUUCCGUUUUCUUUACCCUCUUGGGAUGUCUACCUCAUGCAAGUACAGGGGAAAUAAUUCAUUAUCAGUAGCUGACCUGGAAUUUUAACUACUGUUGAGGAACUGUGAAUUUUUUUGUUGUUGCUUUUUUUUUUCUUUGAUAGACAAAUCACUCCAAACAAAAUACAUUUGAGCAGGGUGCAUUAUGUUUUACCUUCUGUGUGUAUGUAUGAGUGUGCAUGUGCGUGUAUGUGUACAUAUCUAUAAAUAUAUAUUUUUCCACCAGACCAUUCUCCAGAUUCCACAAGACAUUACUGUGAAGCAAAAGUCACAGUACCCAAUGUUCCUGAACUCAUUCCUAGAACCUGUUUCCAAACAUGUUCAAAAAGCAAACAAGAAAACCCAA